AUGGCAGCAUCACAAUUAUCGAUAAGCAACUUUUAUUACGCUUGCCGUAAUAACGAUAUGGAUAAAGUGAAAUUAUUUCUGGAAACUAUGAUGUCUGAUCAAAUCGACAAAUUGAAACCAAAUGAUAGUACUACUUUGCAUGCUGCAUCAUAUUAUGGACAUCAUGGAAUUGUUGAAUUAUUAUUAAAACAAGGUGCAUCAAGAUCAAUAAAAAAUAAAUACAAUUGUAUACCAUAUGAAGAGGGAAACACAGUUGAAAUAAAACAAUUAUUUUCACAUGAAAAUGUUAAUAAUAGAUUUCUAGGAAAUCUAAAUAGUACAAUUGAAUGGAUAAGAGUUGGCAAACAUAUUGAUCAAGAGGCCAAAGCAAUUCGGAAAAUGUUAAAAACUUAUUCUGAACAAGAUAAAAGUAAUAAAAAGAAAAUUCUAAUAGAGAUGAUUGAUUUGGGCAAUUACGAAGGUAUUAAUAAGAUUAAACGGUAUUUCGAUCAAGCUAAUGAUGAAAAUGAUCCCAAAUAUAUAUUAAAAGCUUAUACCGAAGAAACUGAAUUUUAUCAAAGAUUAAAUAGAGAAUUAACAAGAGCGCAUAAAUUGAAUCCAAACGAUGAAAAUCAACAUCAAUUAUUGGAUUUUCUUAAUCUGAUUUUCUGCCGCCCUAGUUUUCGUAAUGCUAAGAUUAUGACGAAAUCUUUAUUAUCAACUUCAAAAGCUCAACAUAUUGCUGAAAGCUUUGCUGCAAAAGAGAAAGCUAUUGCUGAUGGUAAUGCAAUAAAAAGAGCUUGUAUUUGUAUAUAUAAAAUUCGAAAAGCUCACACAGCAUUAGAUAUUGAAGAGUUAUCGAUGUUUCCACAUGAGCAAGAAGUUCUUUUAAUUCCAUAUUCAGCAUUUGAAAUAGUCAAUGUUCAAGAAAUUACUAGUAAUUAUGGAAUAUUAACUGAAAUUGAACUACAUCAAUGUAAAUCAUACUUUCAAACCCACAAAGCAAUCGCUGUAGGAGGAGGUUUAUUUACAGCAGCUAUUAGUCCAAUUCCAGCUUUUUUCAUCGAUGAUGAUCAAAGUCAAGAUUGA